UAUAAAUUUGUAGAGUGAAAGUGAGAUGGCAAAGGGGGGAAGCAUGAAGGGACACAUGCAAAGUCACAACAGAGGAAGAACAACAUAUGCAGUGUUAUUGCUUCUUGCUUUUGGGGUUGCAAUAGUUGGAGUAAUCAUUCUACACAAGCUCAGAGAGAGGCGCAUCUUCAACCUCCUUGUUAAGGAUAAACAAAUUGAACUCAUCCAUCUUAAACUCCUCUUGCAGAAAGAAAGAGAUCAUACGAACGAAGCUAAAAGGAAAGCGGAGGAAAUGAAAUCCAAGAUGCAGUGGCUUCGAAUGCAGAAAAGGGAUCUCGAAAGCAGGAUCAUGGAAAUGAGAUCAACAAUCUCUUCUCUUAAAGAUGAACAAAGAAUAAUCGAAGUAGCUCUCGAAGAAAAACAGGAUGAAAUCAAGAUGCUUAGAGAAGAAGUUACAGAAAUGAACUCAGAGGAGUCCCAGGCUAAGCUUCUUUCUGAAUCAUUGCAACAGAAUGAAACCGAAAGUGACAUACCUGUAAAGGUCUGGUCAGUGAGUGCAGAUGAUCCAUCAAAUCCAGCUAUUAACUUCACCACCAAGGCUGCAGGUACAAAAGAAGCAACUGGAGGAGAAACCGAAGAACAGCAUGAAUCCAUCAAAAGAGACGACCAGAAAAAUUCAACAACAAAUAUACACAGAAAAGCCACGAGGCAAGGUGAAGACAGAGGACAAGCACAAGAUGGAGAGGGAUCUGCUGACUGGAGGAGUAAUACUGGAGAACAGGAGUUGACAACUACUCAAGAAGAUGUUUCAGACAACAUAAGCAGCACCGUUUUUCAGACAUUAGAUGGCAAAAGAGAGACCACUGACAGUUCUAAAACCGGAGAAAUUUUCCUAGAAGAGAAAAGGUACGAUAAUGGGGAUUCAUCUGUGGAAACUAUCAAUCAUAGUGGUCAAGUGCAAAAGCACAGCAAGGAAGUAGGUGCAAUAGAUGCCACAGAUUGGAAAGAGCAUGGAGCAGCAAUUGGAGGUGAUUUUGCGGAUUCUCAAGGUAAUAACCAGGAGUCUGGACGGAAGUAUAACGAUGGGAUGAAGUUAGAAAUGAAGGAGAAUCACAGGAGUACAGAUGCAUCAAGAGUGAAGCAGGAGCAGAUAAGAAAGACAAAAGGGAAGAAUCUGCGAAUAAUUGCAAAGAGCAAGGUCACUGAAAGUGGUGCGAAUACUGAAAGAAGAAGCAUUGUAAGCAUGAGAAACAGAAAGUUCUUCAAAGAAAUACAGGAAAGUGCAACAAAUGAGAGAGUUAGAGGCAGUAAACAAGAGAAGCAGAAGCAUAAGCAAGAGAAGAGUAUGAUAAAGGACAGCAGGAACAAAUAUGGUCCAGAAGAUUGCAUGAUUGGCAUGACCUAUAAACCCCAACGAUUUAAAAAUCUGGAGGAAGAUUUUGGAAACCAAGUCAGGUCUGAACCAGAACAGAAACUAGAUAUGACGAGACAGAGAAUGCAAGAUGAUAAUUCAAACCUCGAUGAUGCUCCACCACAUAAGACAACACCUAAGAAAUCAGCAGGCUCCGAAGAAGGUAUCCUAGAAGGCAGGAAAUCUGACACAAAUGAGAUAGCUGAGGAAGGGCAAGAAAGAGAAGUCAACAAUACGGUUUCUGAGAUGUCACAGAGUUCUCAGGAAGUGCCUACAAAGACAGCUGCUUCUAAUGUCAACAGAGUUUCAAAAGACACCGGAAACAAAAAAACAGAUGAAACUACACAAUCACAAGAGGCAAUUGGCAUAAUUAGAGAACAUCAAGAACAAGAACAGGCUGACAGUCUUACCAAUUCUUCGGAGCAUGCAAAUAUUUCUGAAAGAGAUGUAAAAGCAUAUGACCUUCAGGUUGAGAAUGAUCAAGAAACAGGAGUGAUAGAUCAGUCAAGAGGAAUUUCACAAGAGGUCAGAUAUCAAAAACUCAGUAGCACAGCACGAGCAGAAGAGGAAAACAACUCCAUUUUUACAGACACAGAGCAAAGGCUGGCUGGCAAUCUUCACAGCUCUUCCACACAUGUGAAAAAUGCUGAAAUGGCUUUUAAAGAUGGCAACCUUGACACUGAAAAUGAUAAGGAAACAGAAGAAGAAGAAGAUCAUUCGGAAGGCUAUGCUGCCAACAUGGAAGAGGAGGGAGAAGACGUGAACUGAAACAGAUGUGUCUGAAUUGUAGUAUAGACAGUUGUCUGACAGAACGCUAAAUGUUUGCUUCAUUUCGAUGUAAGAUGAUUAUGUUUCUAUUUUUAGUUUAG